CGGAAUCCUCAGAAUUCCUCGGGUCCCUCUGUGGUCGGCUGAAAAUUCUCUUCGGACUCUGAGAGGCGUUCUGGGCUGGAGACAUUUUCCCCAGGGUCAGAAGCGAGCUAUCCUCUCAAAUGGGCCAGUAAGAAAAAUCCAGAAAAACUUGUGGACUCUGCCAGCAGGGCUUGGCUAACCGGCCGUUAUUUUCUUGACUCCACCAAGGCGAUGAAGGGGAGGCUACGGCUGAGGCUGGGAACAGUGGCGAAUCUGCAGCCUCUUAGACCUUUGGCCGUGCAAGGAAGGGACGGGGAAGAAGAGCAAAGCGGCGCGCAUCCUGUGCACCGAUUCGCCCCGCCCGCCCGGCGAAUCUGCGUCUACCGAACGCGGCACUGAAGCUUCCCCAGUACUGGCUGGCCUCCUCCCCUUCGCCCCGCCUCUUUUCCUCAGGGACUAGUCGCAGCGUUCGUCGCCGCCGAUUCAUCAAGCACCCUGGGCUGCAGCAUCUGGAUCGUGGUGGCGAAGCCCACUCUCCGGGGGAUGCGGCCAAUCUCCAGGCUCCCUGGGCCGCAAAUCCCGAGCCAUCUAGGGCGCCGGCCGAGACGAGGCCGCUAUCCCCGGCCCCGUGGGGCCCCCAGCAGCGCCCGUGGCGAAAGUGCGAAUGCAGACUUUGUGCCCGCUGGGCCUCGCGCAGGUGGCGGUGGUGUUUGGUGCGCGCGCCGGGGAGGUGGUGGUGGGGGGGCGCCGCCGCCGCCACCGCUGCGGGGCCGGGUCUCGCGCUGCCGCUGCCACCGCCUCGCGCCACUGAGGUGCCGCGCGGGGUGGGGGGAGGGGGAGCCGCUCGCCGGGAGCGGUGUAAAUGAGCAAAGAUGGAUCAGGAAGGUGGGGGAGAUGGGCAGAAGGCCCCGAGCUUCCAGUGGCGGAACUACAAGCUCAUCGUGGAUCCUGCCUUGGACCCUGCUCUGCGCAGGCCUUCUCAGAAGGUGUACCGCUAUGACGGAGUCCACUUCAGUGUCAACGACUCAAAGUAUAUACCAGUCGAAGACCUCCAAGACCCCCGUUGCCAUGUCAGGUCCAAAAACAGAGACUUUUCCCUCCCAGUUCCUAAGUUUAAGCUGGACGAGUUCUAUAUUGGACAGAUUCCACUGAAGGAAGUGACUUUUGCAAGACUGAAUGACAACGUGCGGGAGACCUUCCUGAAGGAUAUGUGCCGUAAGUACGGUGAGGUGGAAGAGGUGGAAAUCCUCCUUCACCCCCGUACACGCAAGCACCUGGGCCUGGCCCGUGUGCUCUUCACCAGCACUCGCGGUGCCAAGGAAACGGUCAAAAACCUCCACCUUACCUCCGUCAUGGGCAACAUCAUCCAUGCCCAGCUUGACAUCAAAGGACAACAACGAAUGAAAUACUAUGAACUAAUUGUCAAUGGCUCCUACACCCCUCAGACUGUGCCCACUGGGGGCAAGGCCCUGAGUGAGAAGUUCCAAGGCUCGGGUGCAGCCACUGAGACGGCUGAAUCCCGCCGCCGCCCUUCCUCUGACACGGCCGCCUACCCACAAGGCACUGCUGCAGUGGGCACUCCUGGCAAUGGCACCCCCUGCUCCCAGGACACAAGCUUCUCCAGCAGCCGCCAAGAUACUCCAUCUUCCUUUGGCCAGUUCACCCCUCAGUCCUCCCAAGGCACCCCCUACACGUCUCGGGGCAGCACCCCCUACUCUCAGGACUCCGCCUACUCCAGCAGCACCACUUCAACCUCCUUCAAGCCCCGGCGGUCAGAGAACAGCUACCAAGAUGCCUUUUCCCGCCGCCAUUUCUCUGCAUCUUCAGCCUCCACCACCGCCUCCACGGCCAUCGCCGCCACCACAGCAGCCACCGCUGCAGCCUCCUCCUCUUCCUCCUCAUUGUCCUCGUCCUCCUCCUCGUCCUCUUCCUCCUCGUCCUCUCAGUUUCGUAGUUCUGACUCAAACUACCCAGCGUAUUAUGAAAGCUGGAAUCGCUACCAGCGCCAUGCUUCCUACCCACCCCGCCGAGCCACGCGGGAGGAUCCCCCUGGAGCCCCUUUUGCUGAAAAUACAGCCGAGCGCUUCCCACCUUCCUACACCUCCUACCUGCCCCCCGAGCCCAGCCGGCCUGCUGACCAGGACUACCGGCCUCCUGCCUCAGAGGCUCCGCCCCCGGAGCCUCCAGAACCUGGUGGAGGUGGAGGUGGAGGAGGGCCCAGCCCUGAGAGAGAAGAAGCUCGGACUUCCCCCCGCCCAGCCUCACCUGCUCGCUCUGGCUCCCCAGCCCCGGAGACCACCAAUGAGAGUGUGCCCUUCGCCCAGCACAGCAGCCUGGAUUCCCGCAUUGAGAUGCUGCUGAAGGAGCAGCGCUCCAAGUUUUCUUUCCUGGCCUCUGACACGGAGGAGGAGGAAGAGAACAGCAGUGUGGGCCCUGGGGCCAGAGAUGCAGGGAGCGAGGUGCCUUCCGGGUCAGGGCAUGGGCCCUGCACACCCCCUCCAGCCCCAGCUAAUUUUGAAGAUGUGGCACCUACAGGGAGUGGGGAGCCAGGGGCCACCCGGGAGUCUCCCAAGGCCAACGGACAGAACCAGGCUUCUCCAUGCUCUUCUGGAGACGACAUGGAGAUCUCCGAUGACGACCGGGGUGGCUCACCCCCGCCGGCCCCGACACCCCCUCAGCAGCCUCCCCCACCUCCCCCUCCCCCACCUCCUCCUCCUCCCUACCUGGCAUCCCUUCCCCUUGGUUAUCCUCCCCACCAACCUGCCUACCUCCUCCCACCCCGACCUGAUGGGCCGCCGCCCCCUGAGUAUCCCCCACCUCCUCCACCGCCUCCUCACAUCUAUGACUUUGUGAACUCCCUGGAGCUCAUGGACCGACUCGGGGCUCAGUGGGGAGGGAUGCCCAUGUCCUUCCAGAUGCAGACCCAGAUGUUAACUCGGCUCCAUCAGCUGCGGCAGGGCAAGGGAUUAAUUGCUGCCUCGGCUGGUCCCCCUGGUGGGGCCUUUGGGGAGGCCUUCCUCCCAUUCCCACCCCUGCAAGAGGCAGCCUACAGCUUGCCCUAUGCUCUGUAUGCACAGGGACAGGAGGGCAGAGGGGCAUACUCACGGGAGGCCUACCACCUGCCCAUGCCCAUGGCAGCUGAGCCCCUACCCUCUUCCUCACUCUCGGGAGAGGAGUCCCGGCUGCCACCCAGGGAAGAAGCAGAGCUGGCAGAGGGCAAGACCCUCCCAACGGCAGGCACCGUGGGCCGCGUGCUUGCCAUGCUGGUCCAGGAGAUGAAGAGCAUCAUGCAGCGAGACCUCAACCGCAAGAUGGUGGAGAAUGUGGCCUUCGGAGCAUUUGACCAGUGGUGGGAGAGCAAGGAGGAGAAGGCCAAGCCAUUCCAGAACGCGGCCAAGCAGCAAGCCAAGGAGGAGGAUAAAGAGAAGACGAAGCUCAAGGAGCCUGGCUUGCUGUCCCUCGUGGACUGGGCCAAGAGUGGGGGCACCACAGGCAUUGAGGCCUUCGCCUUUGGGUCAGGGCUGCGAGGGGCCCUGCGGCUGCCUUCAUUCAAGGUAAAGCGGAAAGAGCCAUCGGAAAUUUCCGAGGCCAGUGAGGAAAAGAGGCCGCGUCCCUCCACUCCCGCUGAGGAAGAUGAAGACGAUCCUGAGCGAGAGAAGGAGGCUGGAGAGCCUGGACGUCCGGGGACCAAGCCCCCGAAGCGGGACGAAGAUCGAGGCAAGACCCAGGGCAAGCACCGAAAAUCCUUUGCUCUGGACAGUGAAGGCGAGGAAGCAUCCCAGGAGUCCUCUUCAGAGAAGGAUGAGGAGGAUGAUGAGGAAGAUGAAGAAGAUGAAGAUCGAGAGGAAGCUGUGGAUACCACAAAGAAGGAGACUAGGGCAUCAGAUGGUGAGGACGAGGAAAGCGAUUCGUCCUCCAAAUGUUCUGUGUAUGCUGACUCAGAUGGUGAAAAUGACAGCACGUCGGACUCUGAGAGCAGCAGCUCUUCCAGCUCCUCCUCCUCCUCCUCAUCGUCCUCGUCCUCCUCAUCCUCUGAGUCCUCUGAGUCCUCCUCUGAAGAUGAAGAGGAAGAAGAGCAGCCAGCAGCCCUUCCUUUAGCCUCCCCGCCCCCUAGGGAAGUCCCAGCACCCCCGCCAGCACCUGUGGAGGUGCCCGCGCCAGAGAGGGUUGCAGGCUCCCCAGUCACACCGCUGCCUGAACAGGAGGCAUCUCCAGCAAGGCCGGCAGGCCCUGCGGAGGAGCAGCCCCCCAGUGUGCCCCUGCCUCCCCCAGAGCCACCUGCUGGGCCCCUGGCCCCUGCCCCACGCACCGAGGAGCGCCCCUCUUCUCCCAUUCCCCUUCUGCCCCCACCUAAGAAACGCCGGAAAACUGUCUCCUUCUCUGCCACUGAGGUGGUGCCAGCCCCAGAGCCCCCUCCAGCCUCGCUGCCGCAGGCCAAGUCUCCCGGCCCAGUCUCUCGCAAGGCCCCCCGGGGCAUGGAGCGGACCAUCCGCAACCUGCCUCUGGACCACGCGUCUCUGGUCAAGAGUUGGCCUGAGGAGGUGUCUCGAGGAGGCCGGAGCCGGGCUGGAGGCCGAGGCCGCACCACCGAGGAAGAAGAGGCUGAGCCAGGGACAGAGGUGGACCUGGCAGUACUGGCUGACCUGGCCCUGACUCCCUCCCGGCGUGGGCUGCCUGCCCUGCCUGCCAUUGACGACUCGGAGGCCACAGAGACGUCGGACGAGGCUGAGCGCCCCGGGCCCCUGCUCAGCCACAUCCUCCUAGAGCACAACUAUGCCCUGGCUGUCAAACCCACGCCCCCAGCACCAGCCCCACGGCCCCCGGAGCCAGUGCCCGCACCCGCCGCCCUCUUCAGUUCCCCAGCCGAUGAGGUCCUGGAGGCCCCCGAGGUGGUGGUGGCUGAGGCGGAGGAGCCCAAGCCUCAGCAACUGCAGCAGCAGCGGGAGGAGGGCGAGGAGGAGGAGGAAGAGGAGGAGGAGGGAGAGGAUGAGGAGGAGUCCUCCGAGAGCAGCAGCAGCAGCGACGGGGAGGGCGCCCUCCGGAGGCGCAGCCUCCGCUCCCACACCCGGCGCCACCGCCCUACACCCCUGCCCCCACCACCACCACCCCGCGCCUACGAGCCUCGCAGCGAGUUUGAACAGAUGACCAUCCUGUAUGACAUUUGGAACUCGGGCCUGGACUCAGAGGACAUGAGCUACCUGCGGCUCACAUACGAGCGGCUGCUGCAGCAGACAAGCGGGGCUGACUGGCUCAACGACACCCACUGGGUCCAUCACACGAUCACCAACCUAACCACCCCAAAACGCAAGCGGCGGCCCCAGGACGGGCCCCGGGAGCACCAGACAGGCUCAGCCCGCAGCGAAGGCUACUACCCCAUCAGCAAGAAAGAGAAGGACAAGUACCUGGACGUGUGCCCAGUUUCAGCCCGGCAGCUGGAGGGCGUGGACACUCAGGGGACGAACCGCGUGCUAUCCGAGCGCCGGUCUGAGCAACGGAGGCUGCUGAGUGCCAUCGGUACCUCUGCCAUCAUGGACAGUGACCUGCUAAAGCUCAACCAGCUCAAGUUCCGGAAAAAGAAGCUCCGAUUUGGCCGGAGCCGCAUCCACGAGUGGGGUCUGUUUGCCAUGGAACCCAUUGCUGCUGACGAGAUGGUCAUCGAAUACGUGGGUCAGAACAUCCGUCAGAUGGUGGCCGACAUGCGGGAGAAGCGCUACGUGCAGGAGGGCAUUGGCAGCAGCUACUUGUUCCGGGUGGACCAUGACACCAUCAUUGAUGCCACCAAAUGCGGCAACCUGGCCAGGUUCAUCAACCACUGCUGCACGCCCAACUGCUACGCCAAGGUCAUCACCAUCGAGUCCCAGAAGAAGAUCGUGAUCUACUCCAAGCAGCCCAUCGGCGUGGACGAGGAGAUCACCUAUGACUACAAGUUCCCGCUGGAGGACAACAAGAUCCCGUGUCUGUGUGGCACGGAGAGCUGCCGGGGCUCCCUAAACUGAGGUGGGGCAGGACGGGUGCCCACACCCCUAUUUAUUCCCCCUGGUGCCCUGAGCUCCCAGCAGCCCCUAGCCUUAGUGGGCUCAGUAAGGCCCACACGCCCCCAUCUCCAAGCAUGGGGUUGGGGGAUCCCGAGCCCAGCGAGGGAGCCUCAGUCCCUGGAGGCAGUUUCUGCCUCUCCUGUCGCCCCUGCCCACCACCCCGAUUGUUUUUCUUUGCGGAGAAGAAGCUGUAAAUGUUUUGUAGCAGCCAGCAGCUGUUUCCUGUGGAAACCUGGGGUGCCGGCCUGUACAGAUUCUGUCCUGGGGGGCUGCACAGCCCUCUUGCUUUGUGUUAAUUGGGACUUCCUCUUGUGCCCUGCGUGUACCCCUCCCCAGUUUAGGGGUCUCUGGGGCAGUGGCCAUGUUCUCCCCCUGGGGGGGCUCUGCACCCCCAGUCUUGGGGACUCCGUGCCUGGAACCCUGCCUCAUCUGUUCCUGCCAGACCCUGAGGGUCACCCUCCCACCCUGGUGUCACGCCCCGGCUCAGCCAGGCCAGGAUGGUGGGGUGGGCCCCUCCUGCUGGGCUGGACUGUACAUAUGUUAAUAGUGCAAACCCGACGCCACAUUUUUAUAAUUGUGAUUAAACUUUAUUGUACAAAA